GCGAGAAAGUAGCGCUGCGGCAGGAAUUUGUCUCAUCUUGAUGACCAAUGUCCAGGGCUGCUGUCUGUUCAGACCGAGGCUGGGGGAAGGAUCUUAACAGAUCAAAACUCCAAGAAGUAUCGUGUGCUCGAAGUGUAUUCUUCUUAUAAUAGACAAUGACUACCGAUGAGGCCACCAAGAAUGAUGGAGAAAACCCAACAGUUGCUCUUUCUGAACGAGGAGAGGACAUUACUCCCAAAAAAGACCGAGGUGUACUAAAGAUUGUCAAAAGAGUGGGGAAUAAUGAGGAAACACCGAUGAUUGGAGACAAAGUUCAUGUCCAUUAUAAAGGAAAAUUGUCCAGUGGAAAAAAGUUUGAUUCCAGUCAUGAUAGAAACGAACCAUUUGUCUUCAGUCUUGGCAAAGGCCAGGUUAUCAAGGCAUGGGACAUUGGAGUUGCCACCAUGAAGAAGGGAGAGAUCUGCCACUUACUGUGUAAACCAGAAUAUGCAUAUGGCUCUGCUGGCAGCGUCCCCAAAAUUCCCUCGAAUGCAACCCUCUUUUUCGAGAUUGAACUACUUGAUUUUAAAGGAGAAGAUUUAUUUGAAGAUGGAGGCAUCAUCCGAAGAAUUAAGCAGAAAGGAGAAGGCUACUCAAACCCAAAUGAAGGUGCAACAGUAGAAAUCCAUCUGGAAGGCUCUUGUGGUAGUAGGACAUUUGAUUGCAGAGAUGUAGUAUUUGUUGUUGGAGAAGGGGAAGACCAUGACAUUCCCAUAGGAAUUGACAAAGCCCUGGAGAAAAUGCAGAGAGAAGAACAUUGUAUUCUGUAUCUUGGACCACGAUAUGGCUUUGGAGAGGCUGGGAAACCUGAAUUUGGCAUUGAGCCUAAUGCUGAACUUGUAUAUGAAGUUAUUCUUAAGAGUUUUGAAAAGGCCAAAGAAUCCUGGGAGAUGGACACCAAAGAAAAACUUGAACAAGCUGCUAUUGUCAAAGAGAAGGGAACAGUGUACUUCAAGGGAGGCAAAUACUUGCAGGCAGUGAUUCAAUAUGGGAAGAUUGUGUCCUGGUUAGAGAUGGAAUAUGGUUUAUCAGAGAAGGAAUCUAAAGCUUCGGAAUCCUUCCUGCUAGCGGCUUUCCUUAACCUGGCCAUGUGCUACCUAAAGCUUCGGGAGUACACCAAAGCUGUCGAGUGCUGUGAUAAGGCACUUGGCCUGGACAGUACCAAUGAGAAGGGCCUGUACCGGAGAGGUGAAGCCCAGCUGCUUAUGAAUGAGUUUGAGUCAGCCAAAGGUGACUUUGAGAGAGUACUAGAAGUAAACCCCCAGAACAAGGCAGCAAAGCUGCAGAUCUCCAUGUGCCAGAAGAAAGCCAAGGAGCACAACGAGCGGGAUCGCAGGAUAUAUGCCAACAUGUUUGAGAAGUUUGCAGAGAGAGAUGCAAAGAGGCCGGUAAGACAGUAG